AUGUAAAAAUUCUCUCCCUCAGCCAAUUCUUAGAGAUCUGCAACCCUAUAAAUGAAAAGAUUUGGUUCAAUCGGUCAUUCCAAUGGAGAAGUACUUUUGAAUGAAUAUUUUAAUUUACCAAUGAUAUCAACUAAAAGUUAAAUAGGAAAUUAAGGAACUCCUGUAAUUAAGCUGAACACAAUAUCUAAAAUUGAAAAUUUGAAUGAAUUAAAUUAAUCACCUACUUAAUACAACAAUAAUAUACCACUAUAAGAUUUGAUUAGUUAAGGAGAAAAAAGUCUUAAGCUUCCUAAUUACAAUUUUCUAGAAAAGUACUAUUAAAACAAAGUCCUUAAUAUCACUAAAUAAAGAAAAAUAGAACCAACAAAGUCUACUAGACUUUAAUAGGAAAACAUAAGAGAAAGAAGAUAUUCUACCCUAGAAAAAAAAUGUGUUCAAAAUUUCAGCAAAUCAAAUAAUGGUUCACUAUAUUCUUUAGACAAAAACUUAAAAAUAGAAUAAGAUUAAUUUAAAACAAUUAGUAAUGAAUAUAGGACUUAAUAAUUCAUUCCAGAUAUGAAUUUAGUUUCUCAUAAUAAUUAAAAAUCAAAUGAAAUAUAGAAGUUGACUUAAAGAAUUGAUUUUAUAAGAAGAAAGCUAAAAAUAUAUGUAAUUUUUGUCUUUUCAGCUAUGGUCAUUUCAAAAAAAUUUAGGUAUUUAUAAAAAUCAUAUUAAAGAUUUCUUAAAAAAGAUGAUACUCAAAUUAUAUUCAAAUUAAAUAAUAAACUUUCAAGUUGCUAGAGAAUCAUAAACUAAAAUGGAUUAAAAUAUAUUGAAGAAUAAUAAUAAUAAUUUGUUUAAGUUAUUGCAAAUAAAGUCAUUUAUUAUCUUAAUAGUCAAAAAUAUAUUGAUGAAUGUAAUUAGAGUGAUGAAUUAUCUAAUCCUAUUUUAAGUAUGGACUUUAAAAAACUUAGAGUGUAAUGUUUUUCUAAAUUAAUAUACCAAAAUUUGGAAUUAAUUACUCGAAAAAAUAAUUUUCCUGAAUUUAUAAAAUGUUUAUUGAUCACUAGUCUUUAUAAAACAUCAAAACAAUAGACUUCAUUUUUUGUUGGAGAGAGAUGUCAUUUCUAUUAAACAAAUAGAAUCCAUAUUUAAAGGGAAUAAAAAUUAGCAAUAGCUAUGGAAUAUUUACUUUUUUAAAUAAUAAUUCCAAAUUUACUUUAAUUAGUGAAUAAAUAAUAAUUGAAACUAAGAAAUCAUCAUAUAUCUGUACAUUCUAAUAAUAAUAAAUGUAAAAUUUAAACUUAAAAAAUAUUUAUUAUUAUUGCUAGUUUAUUACAUCAAUAAUUUAUAAAUAGAUUUUAAAAUAUGAGAAAAGUGAAAAAUCCUAAUGGUUAUAUGGUCAAUAAAAGAUUAAAUAUAGAAUAUUUAGAAAAUAAUUUAUUUAAUAUUGAAAUUAAGGUUGCAUAUAAUAUAGGUGAUAAUAACUAAGUUCUUGAAGGACUUAUUGAAUAAGAAUAACUCUAAUAAUUUGAAAAAUCAAAGCCUAUUUGGAAAUCAUAAUUAGAUAGAUUAUUUGAUAAGAUCUUAUAAAAUACUGAAUCUCUUAUAGACUUUUGA